AUGCGAGACAGUCAUAGUACUUGUAUUCCUCCUACAAUCACUGCUGUAGUGAAGCCAGGGAGCGCACGGCAACGCAGCACGCAGGGUGCUUUGGUUACUGGUGGUUCUACACAGGGGCUUGAGAGGGAACUUUCCACGACAACCUUGAAAAUUUCACAGCAGCCAUUUUUCCUGCUACGCAGAGAAGAACAAGAAGCAUUCUUCAACCUCCUAGAGGAUGGCUUGGUACAAGACUUCCUGUCCACGGACCCAUGUUACAGAAUCUCAGAUAAGUAUCUUAUAGCCAUGACUAUGAUGUACUUUAAACGAGCUGGCCUACAUACAAAAGAAUAUACACGGAUCAAUCUCUUCAUAGCUCUGUACUUAGCCAAUGACAUGGAAGAAGACACGGAAGACUAUAAAUAUGAAAUCUUCCCCUGGGCACUUGGCGACAACUGGAGGAAACUAUUUCCACAAUUCUUAAAAAUGAGAGAUGACUUUUGGGCUAAAAUGAAGUACAGAGCGUUUGUUAGCCAGCGAUGUUGUGAUGAGAUAAUGCUGAGAGAACCCUCUCACUGGGCCUGGUCCCGUGAACGAGCAUCUUACCACAGCGGGGCGUUGAGGAGUUACCUGAAGAAUGAAAAUGACUUCUUCCCCAGAGGGCCAGGUGUUACGCCCCCAGAGUGCCUUCUCUGCGUUUUGGAUAUGGAAGAAAAUGUGGCUCAGUUCACUACUCCCCCUGCCAGUGAUCAUCUACCCUCAGAGGUGUUGAAAGGAGAUUUGGAAAGCUGCCCUUUUCUAAUGUUGGAUUCAGAGACUAACUACACCGUGAUGCAAAUCUUACAGGGACCCACCAUGGAGACAGAUGGAAGAGAGAAAGAUUGGCAGUUUUUGGCUUAAUGUCUGAUGGCUGAAGACCCCCUCUGCAUACCAGAUUUCCCCCACCGGAAUAGUAGAAUUCAUGGAUGUCCUUUCAUCUACUUCUGCGGCAUUCUAUUUAUAAGCACUUUAUAUUCCUGUUUGUAAAGAGGACACUCAGUAAUACUUAUAUAUUUGUAUAUAUUUAAAAAAAAAAAGCUUAUGAAUUGUGACUUGUACAAUGCCAAAAUGUGCCAGUUGGAAUGACUCUUUAAUAAAGACGUCUAGAAGAACAGGCUGCAGGGAUAUAUUUUCAAACCUUUUAUGACAUUUUACUCUGGUUCAUUCGUAGCACGUUUUAUUUGUAUAAUUGCAAGGUUUUUAAAUGGCUGUUUUAGCCCAAAGGAAUCUGGAAUGAUUUGCAGGCCAAUUAAAAAGUGGCAUUCCGUGUGCUUAGCUAUUCAAACACAAUAAAAAAAACUUUUUUAAAAAAAAAAAGACACAAGGGCAAACACAGGAAGAAAAAACUUGGACAAUUUUUAGUUUGCUACUGGUGCAGUCCUUGCAGUUGACAUAUAGUGGAAAUUUUGGGGCAGCCCACAGGAAUGGAAAGGGAGAAGAGGGGUGGGUUUUAAAGCCAUUUCUCUCCUCAGCCAUAUCUUAAUGCAACGGCUAUUUAUUACAUUUCUGACUCACCUUUGUACCUUGUCGGCCCUUUAGCCAGCUGACAAAAUAUUAGAAAACUAGAAUCAAAUAAAUGGAAAGCCAUGGAUAAAAAUGGUAAUCAACACCUUCCAUUAACUAUAUUAAUAUAAUAACUUCAGGUGGGCCUGAAUGAGAAUACGUUUACUUGCUGGAAGUUUUUGAAACUGAUAGCUGGCAAGGAUGUCCGAUUUUUAUUUAUUUAUCAAAUUCAAAAACCAUCCAUCCCCAUCAUCUUUCUUCUUCCCAGUAAAAAUAUGCUUUGGUUCGGAGCAAAAUUGAAAGGCAAAAAAAACCCUGAACAUUUUGGGGGGAAAGUUAACCUCUCUCUCUCUCUCUCUCUUUUUUAAAAGAAUAUGGUUUUCUGUCAUCUAGGCCCUAGCAACAAUUUUAAAUUGGGUAGAGAAUGAAUUGGAGCUGGCAUAAUAGGGCAGAUUUCUUAACCUUGGCAAACAACAGGU